AUGCACGUCAAAGCUUUGCUUGUAACCCUCUUGGGUGUGUCAGCCGCUGUCGAAGCGGCCCAAAUUGGCCGCCGAUCUCCAUUUGCGCAAGCCCUGGAGCGACGUCAGCGAGGCGGAAACCGAAAUGGUGGAAAUAAUGGCGGUAACAACGGAGGCAAUAAUGGGGGCAACAACGGCGGCAACAACGGUAACAAUGGUGGCGGCGGUGGUCGAAAUCUGAACCAGGCCAACGUCCAAACCGGCUCUCAGCAAGAUGGCAACAACCCAGGAGCUGAUGGCCAAGCUGCCUCAGAGACUGACAACAACAACUUUAUCAACUUUUGCCAGGGCAAAACCAAGACCAACGGGCAGCAGAUCAAGGCGGGCUCAUGCAACGGAAUUCCAAUGGGUAACAUCCCAGCCACCAACAAGAUGGUCUCAAGCGUCUUCGUGAACCCUCAAAAUGGAGAUAACAUCGCUGCCAACCAGGACUUCAAGAUUCAGGUCCAGAUGAUCAACUUCGCCCCCGGUACCUUCACCAAUGCUACAUCUACGUACUAUUCUGCGCCCCAGGACCUCGACGGUCAGGGCAACAUCAUUGGCCACACUCAUGUCACUGUUCAAGAUACUGGCAGAGGCUUGAACCCCAAGACACCCCUUGAUCCUACCCAGUUCGCUUUCUUCAAGGGCAUCAACGAUGCUGGCAAUGGACAAGGCCUUCUAGCCGCCGAUGUGAAAGGCGGUCUUCCUGCCGGUAACUACCGUGUUUGCAGCAUGUCUGCCGCUGCUAACCAUCAACCUGUCAUCAUGCCUGUUGCCCAGCGUGGCGCUCAAGAUGACUGUGUUCGUUUCACUGUCGGCGGUAAUGGCAACAAUGGCAACAACGGUAACAACGGCCAGAAUGGUGGCGGGCGAAAUGGUCAGAACGGAGGUCAGAACGGAGGUCAGAACGGAGGUCAGAACGGUGGCAGGAAUGGCCAGAACGGCGCACAGAACGGUCAGAACGGUCAGAACGGUCAGAAUGGUGGCCGAAAUGGCGGACAGAACGGUGGACAAGGUGCCGGCCAGAACGGUGGUGGUCGCAAUGGCGGAACAAACAACGCUCAGAUUCCUGGCAACAAGAAUGGUGCCGCUGGUCAAGGCCAGAAUGGACAGAAUGGCGGCAAUCAAGGUGGUCAGCAGGGGGGCCAGCAACAGCAGGGAGGCCAGAAUGGCCAGAAUGGACAGAAUGGAGGCAAACAAGGUGGUCAACAGGGCGGCCAGCAACAGCAAGGAGGCCAGAAUGGACAGAAUGGACAGAAUGGAGGCAAACAAGGUGGUCAGCAGGGCGGCCAGCAACAGGGAGGCCAGCAAGGAGGCAAAGCUGGAGCUGGCAAUACUAACAAUGCUGCUACCGGAAACAGUGGGUCUAACACCAAUACUGACAAUUCAAAUGAUUGUUCUGGUGCUGAUGGUGGCAACUAA